ACAUUCAAAAGUCAUAAGAAGGUGAAGACUUUGCCUAAAGAUUUCAAAUUCCCCACUAUAGACUCUUCCACACCUUCAUAUGUGACAAUUGUGCUGAUCCUGUGCUGCUAAAUCAUUUUGUGUACUUAACAAUAAUCCUCAAAAAUGGGCUUGUAACAAGAAAUUCAUAAAAUUACAGAGAAGACUUUCCAGGUUCCUCAAAUCCUCAUAAAAUUCUUAGAGAAACAUACUCAACAGAAGAUGUAGCUAAUUCUGGUGAGGUGUCAUACCAUUACAAGCACCAUGGGAGGAUCAAUCUUUGAGAAACUAGGCUCUCUGUCUUUCCUCAUCAUGUUUGUUGUUUUGGUUUCGUCUUCCAAAUGUGUUGCUUCAGCUACUGUUUCUACCGAUGAAGUUGGUGCUCUUCUCCGAUGGAAAGCCAGUCUUCAAGAUACUCAAUCACACCUAACUUCAUGGAGUGCUCAGCACUUCCCAAAUGAAACAAGUCCAUGCACUUGGUUUGCCAUUUCUUGCGACACUGCCAAGAGUGUCACCACAAUAAACCUUACCAAGUCGGGUUUACAAGGUACGCUUCACGAAUUUUCAUUCUCCUCCUUCCCGAAUCUUGAGCACUUUGAUCUCAGCAUGAACUUAAUCUUUGGUUCCACUCCACCUGAAAUCAGUCAACUCUCUAAACUAGUGUAUCUUGAUUUGUCUGAUAAUAUGUUGAAUGGUUCAAUUCCUGCUUCUUUCGGAAACCUUAGCAGUCUUGCUUACUUGAAUCUAGGUAGGAACUUUCUUACUAGUUCAGUUCCUUUAGAAGUGGGCAAUCUUUCAGGGUUGGUGGAGCUUUACUUGAAUACCAACAAUCUUACAGGUCAGAUCCCACAAACUUUUGGGAACUUAAGAAAGCUAAAAGUACUAUACAUGUUUGAGAACGUAUUUGUUGGUUCCAUUCCCCUGGAGAUAGGAAAGUUGGCAUCUCUCAGCAAUCUAAGCCUUCACACCAACAGCUUUUCUGGCAGUAUCCCGGAUUCCGUAUGUGAUCUGAGACACCUUACUUUACUGGAACUGUAUCGGAACAAUCUUUCAGGCCCAAUUCCGGAAAAUAUUGGAAGAUUGAAGUCACUUGUUGCUCUAGAUGUCGGUGAGAAUCAACUCAGUGGUCCUAUUCCCAUGUCAAUUGGUAACAUGAGCAAGUUACAGGUUCUAUAUUUCCGCAGCAACAAACUCUCUGGUUCCAUUCCUCAAGUGAUAGGAGAUCUUAUGAACUUGGCUGUGCUGAGAGUUGCCAGCAACAAUUUGACCGGUCAUUUACCACAGAAUCUCUGCAAAGGUGGUGUGCUCGCAAAUUUUACAGCUAAUGGAAAUCGUCUCGUAGGUCGAAUGCCUGAAAGCUUGAGAAACUGCGCAACCUUGUAUAGAGUCCGUCUUGAUGGGAACCAAUUCACUGGAAAUAUAUCCGAAGAUUUUGGUGAAUAUCCAAACUUGGAUUACAUAAAUCUAAGUGACAAUAAAUUUUAUGGUGAAAUUUCAGAGAAAUGGGGCAAGUCUCUGCGGCUAACAAAUCUUGAGAUUGCAGCUAACAACAUAACAGGUUCCAUACCACCUGAGAUUGGUAAUUUGACUCAACUACAUUUGCUUAAUCUUUCUUCGAAUCAUUUAGCAGGGACAAUUCCUGUGGGACUAGGAGAGUUGACCUCUUUGGUGAAGCUUAUACUGAAUGACAAUCAACUUUCUGGUGUCAUACCUCAAGAACUUGGAUCACUGACUGACAUCCAGUUUCUUGACCUGUCCGAAAACAACUUGAGCCAGUCGAUUCCUAGUAGUCUGGGGAACCUAGUGAACAUGCACCACCUGAACUUGAGCAACAACAAGUUGAGCCAAGGAACCCCAACUAAGUUGGGUCAGUUGAAGCAGCUGUCUGUGCUAGAUUUGAGUCAUAAUUCUCUUAGUCAAGAGAUACCAACGGAGUUUUGUGAUUUGGAAAGCUUGUUGACGCUGAAUCUGUCCCACAAUAACCUCUCUGGUGUAGUUCCCCAGACUUUUGCUGACCUUCGUGGCUUGGAGUUCGUUGACAUAUCAUACAAUCGAUUAUGGGGUCCGAUUCCAGAAAACAAAGCAUUUCAAGAAGCUCCUAUAGAAGCAUUGCAAGGGAAUCAAGGUCUGUGUGGCAAUGCUACAUGUCUACAGCCUUGCACAAAGACUCCGGGCAAAAAGAAGCACAGCUCGAACAUUGGUUACAAAGUCGUGUGCUUGGUAAUUCCACCUGUGGUAGGAGUACUUAUACUUGUUUUCUGUGGAAUUUGUAUCACUUACAGAAGAAAAAAGAAUUGUCAAAAAACAGAUGAAGAGGACAUGCAUCCUAAAGAAUUUGAACUUCGUUCAAUGUCGAUUUUUGAAGGAAAAUUGUUGUAUGAAGAAAUUGUAAAAGCAACUGAGGAUUUUGAUGAUGCUUAUUGCAUUGGGAAGGGAGGCACUGGAACAGUUUACAAGGCAAAGCUUCCUUCUGACGACUUGGUGGCUGUAAAGAAACUCCACAGUACUCACUGUGAUGGUGAGAGGAGCUUUGAAAAGGAGUUCUUAAACGAGGUGAUGGCAUUGACUGGGAUACGCCACAGAAAUAUAGUGAAACUUUAUGGCUUCUGUUCACAUUCACGACACUCAUUUUUGGUUUAUGAGUAUCUUGAAAGGGGCAGCUUGUUCUCAAUCUUGUGCAAUGAAGAAGCAGCCAAGGAAUUGGAUUGGUGCAAGAGGGUGAAUAUCAUCAAAGGUGUGGCUCAUGGUUUAUCAUACAUGCACUCUGAUGUAUCGCCACUAAUUGUUCAUCGAGACAUAACCAGCAAGAACAUUUUGCUAGAUGCCGAGUAUGAGGCUUGCAUUUCGGACUUUGGCACUGCUAAGCUGCUAGAACUCGGUGCAUCUAACUGGACUGCUGUGGUAGGCACAUUCGGAUAUGUAGCACCAGAGCUUGCUUAUACAUCGAAGGUGACUGAGAAAUGUGAUGUGUACAGCUUUGGAGUAUUGACACUCGAAGUGAUGAAUGGGAAGUACCCGAGUGAUCUAAUGAGGUCUUUGUUGUCACAAGCUGAAAUCAGAGAAGGAAAUUUGCCGGAAGAUGUGUGGGAUGGCCGGCUUAAACCUCCCACGGGUAAAAUUCUGGAAGAACUUGUUACUGUUUUAAUGCUAGCAGUCGCAUGCUUACAUCCAAAUCCACAGUUUAGGCCUACCAUGUAUGACGUUUCUCAGGUUAUAACAAUGCAAAUCGAUCUCUCAGACAGACUUGGACUAAUACAAGGCUCAAUCUGUGUUUGAUUA